AUGACAAUACAAUCUGAAAGUGAAAACCCAAUUCAUUGCACCAUGAAAAGCCAAAAAGACCUCACUAUCAAAUUAUACUUUGAAACUGCAAUACAAGAUUACCCACGAAACAUUGAAGAUGCUAAACAGAAAGAAACUUUAACAAUGACAACAUAA